GUCACAUGAUUGUGACGUCAUGAAACGCGACUUUCUGAUCACAGGCAUGCCUUCUUCUGCAGGUGAAUACUCCGUAAAGUGUUAUUUAGCUACAUUUAUUUAGCCAAAUUAUCAUCCAAAACAAGUGCAUGUAGAUAUUGGGCCUCCUGACUCCUUAUCGAAAUAAUAAAACCGGCAAGCUGGUUGUUUGUUUAUAGGUAAUGUCAAUUAAAGUCUCUAGCUAGCUAAUUAGUUUGAAGCUAAUUUCUUAGUGUCCCUGACUUCACUUGACUGUUUUUUUUUCAACACAGACAUGAGACAGCACAUCUGACAGUGUACAGUAGUAGUAUAUUGUAACUAACUAUGAGCUCCCUCCUGAUAUUAAAAACAAGAAUAUGUCUGAAAUACAUUAGCCCACUCUUUAAUCCAAGCACUGCUGGCUUUACUCCCCUGAAUAAUGUGAUUAGCAAGCUAUCAGUUAGUUCCAGACUUUUAUGCACUAAAGGAGGGAGUAGACAUGCAGGUAACAACAGGAAAGAGGACAGACAGAGGGAAUUCAAUAUCAGAGAGAGGCUCCCUUUUCCCAAGUCAGUGUUUGCUGCAGGGACAGCCAAGAGAACUGCUGAAUACCAAAAGAAGAGGGCUGAGGAGGAACCAAACUUCCCCAGAAAGAACAAGAGAGUGGAACCCCCAGACCACCCUCUCACUGCCUCAGAGUGGAAGAGCCUAAAAUUGACUUCACCGAAUCCUGAUCGCUUUGAUGUCCGGAUGAUGUCAUCAAUGCUGGCUGAUGGGACAGACAUCAACGUGGCCAAGUCCCUGCUGGCCUAUGUUGCCAUGGAUACCGGUACGCUGUCUUACGAGCUGCUACUGCGGUACCUCACCCUGUGUGUCGGCAGUGGCCACCACUCUGAGGUGUUUGACAUGUAUGAUAUCAUGAGGAGCCGGUUCAGGACAUUAGACACUGGAGCCUCCAGCCUGUUCAUAAAGGGCUUCAGCAGGACAGAACGCUGGAAGGAGGCGCUGACCAUCCUGGAGAACAUCAAGAGGGCCAUCACGCCAUCACCGCGUAACUACGGCGAUACCAUCGCUGGGGCGGUGCUGCAUGGUGACGGUGACACUGCCUGGGCCCUGUAUGCUGAGCUGAUGGAGAAGGGCCUCAUUCCCAACCAGGAGACAUGGCAGGCCCUGUUCCAGUGUGGUCUCUCUCAUCAGGGCCACGAGGACGGGCUGCAGUCCAUCCUCCUCCAUAUGAGGGACAACCAAAUCUAUCCCGAGGAGACUCUGGCUAAAGAUAUCAAAGCUUGGUUUGAGAGUCUUCCAGAACAGAAGUGGAUUGGCAGCUGGUCCCCCGUAGACCCCAGGGGAGUGUGUCGGAGCUGCCAGGCAGAGCUGGAGUCCAUCCAGCUGAGUCGGGAGGAGUACGCCCAGCUCAAAGACAGGGUGAUGGGGGACGUGAUCCAAGGCAGAGACAUCUUCAAUAAGACCACUCCAGAGGAGCUGGAGAGCUUCAAGAACUUUGUCAAGCGGAAGCCGGCCUUUGACGUGGUCAUAGAUGGACUCAACGUGGCCAACAUUGGCAUCAAAGGGAACCAGUCGCAGACGCUCCUGGAGGUGGUGUCGGAGCUUGAGCGCCAGGGCCUGGUCAUCCUGGUCCUGGGGAGGAAGCACAUGCAGCGGCCCUCACGCAGCUGGGACAGACAUGACAUGAGCUUGGUCCAGCAGAAGGCCCACUGCUUCUUCACUGACAACAUUUCUGAGGAUGACCCUUUCCUGCUGUAUGCCACACUGCACUCUGGGAAUCACUGCAACUUUGUUAGCCGGGACCUGAUGAGGGACCACAAGGCCUGCCUGCCAGACGGUGCCACCCGACGCCUCUUCUUCAAGUGGCAGAGAGGCCACCAGCUGGUGCUGAGCAGCUACACCCCAGGAAAGAGAGUACGAUUCCAGAGGAUAUUAAGUUAUGACACCAUUGUCCAGACAAAUGGAGGCUCCUGGCACAUCCCCUAUGAUGAGAAUGGGGCAGAGAGAUGCACUUAUGAAGUUCCACAGAAGUGGCUGUGUCUUACCAAGGCAAAAUAAGGACCCACUUAGAACGGUUUGAUCUUCACAAACCUGUCAAUACAGUGCUCGUUAAUGAAACUAUAGCAUGUGGAAAAGAAUAAAAGACUGAAAAAAAAGUUUUGUACUUUUCUUGUAGUCCUAGAAUAUUUUUUUUCAAAAUGCAUUCAGUAAGCCAAGAGGUGUCUAAAACAACGUUUGUUGGAUUGACCCGGACAUCAACUACUGUUCCUAAACCAAUUCCGGGAUCAUUAUCGUGCAUGUUUUUUCCUCAGUAGUUCUGUUUUCAGUUUGCAACUUUUAUACACAUUUACUUGUUUACCAACACAAUGUCCCGAGGGUCGAGUGCAGGAUUUGAACGACAUAUUACCAUCUUCUCUGGAGAGCAGACUCAAAGUCGGUUAGUAUGGGAUAGUUCUGAAGAAAUUAAAAUACCAACUUGCCCAGUCAUUAUUGUAGCCAAACUAUAGUAGGUAGUUAAUGUUAACUAACCUGGCCAUAGCUAACGUUAGCUCAGUUGUAAAAUAUUAAAGUUAACUAGCUGCUUUAUAAUGUCAGUGAAUGGAUAAAGUAUGUUAAUAUUGUCAGAUUUCUAACAGCUAGUUUAUUGAUUAUGUUUGCUAACUACAGCAGUUAGGCAAUUAACUAAGUUGGCUAGUUAACCUAGCUAACGUUGCAAGCUGAUCAAAUUCAUAUCUGCCACUAUUCAUGCUGAGUUUGAAACAGUUACUAUAGUAAGCUAACUUUUAGAACUAGCUUUUCCUGUCAUGCUAUUUGACAGAAGUAGACCGUUACACCAUUGCCAUAGGAGGCUAACUUAGUAGCAACUAGCUGUCCAGUAAUGAGUUGUCAUUCUUUGAGUGUCUUGGCACAGAUGCGUUCAUGGUCUGAGCACGUCAAUGUGGUGAAUAGCCUUCAUCAUGACAUGCAGUGACAGCUUUGAAGCUGUUAAUCUUUCACCUUGACAAAAGUCUGGAGUGAUGCAUCAUUUUCCCCUGUUCUGUUUUUGCGACUGCACUUGAAGAAACUUUCAAAGUUCUUGAAAUGUUCCGUAUUGACUGACCUUCAUGUCUUAAAGUAAUGAUGGACUGUCGUCCAGGCGGUGGCUACUUUGAAAAAAAGUAAAUUAUAAAAUAUAUUUUGAUUUGUUUGAGCACGUCUGGGACCUGUUGGAUGGAGGGUGAGGGCCAGGGACACCCCCCCCCCCCCAGAACUUGCAGGUGCCUUGGUAGAAGAGUGGGGUAACAUCUCACAGCAAGAACUGGCAAAUCUGGUGCAGUCCAUGAGGAGGAGAUGCACUGCAGCACUUAAUGCAGCUGGUGGCCACACCAGAUACUGACUGUUACUUUUGAUUUUGACCCCCCCUUUGUUCAGUGACACAUUAUUCAAUUGCUGUUAGUCACAUGUCUGUGGAACUUGUUCAGUUUAUGUCUCAGCUGUUGAAUCUUAUGUUCAUACACAUGUGAAGUUUGCUGAAAAUAAAC